AUGGCAAGCAAUAAAAGAAAAAUACAAAUUUUGGAAAAUAGAGUAAUUCGCCCUGCAGUUAUUGACAGUGAUAGUGACAGCAGUGAAGAAAUAUUUUCCACUAAGAAAACUAAAAAGGAUUUGGAAACAAAUGUGCACGGAAAACAAAGCACAAGCGCGGACGUUUUCAGUAGCCCCAGUGGAAGAAAAUUUCAUAUUCUUAAACCAGUCUCGUUUUCACAUGUAACUAAAACAGAAUGUAAAAAUAAACCUACACCACAGACAUCAAAAGGAUUGUCUUCGCCUAGCUCAUCGUCAUUGGAACGAUUUAGUAUGUAUAGCUCAAGAGGAUGCAGUCCUUCGCUAAACAAUAUAUCAGCUUCUAAGCUUAUGCACGGCAUCAAAAUAGAUGAAAGCGAAUAUCAUGACUUGAUAAAUCUAAGAAACGAUAAUAAAAAAGAUAAAAAAGAAAAAUGA